UUUUUCCUCCAUUCAGGAGAUAUUCUAGAAUAGGAACGCUGAAUAACCUCAAAGUUAAACGAAUAAUGCCACUUGUUUUUACCUACAUCUUGUAUGUUUUGGUGCCGAUCAUCUUGAACCAGGUAUAUGUGGAUGCCAACGGACCUCAGUGUAUAGAAUGUGGAAAUGAUCGAAAGGGGCGAUUUUGUCGUGAAAAUAUCGAUGAUAAUGGUCAGUCUUCAUAUACUGCAUUUACAUUCACUUUAGAUCAUAAUACUAUAAAAUGGAAAAAGGGAGAUAUAGUGAAAUACACCCGUAAACUCACUAAUAUUGGCAACUGUUACAAUACUAAUACGGGUAUUUUUACUGUUAAAACGAAUGGUGUUUACGCUGUGUCAGCUGCUAUGAUAGGAGGCCCAUUCCAAUCAACUCAUUAUUCUCUCAGGAAGAAUGGAGAGCAGAUGGUGUGGUUGUUCACUGGUCCUCAAUACGAUAUGGCAGCUCAAACUAUCAACCUUAUACUGAAGAAAGGAGACAGGCUUUGGAUACAAUUAGAAUGGUUACCCGUUCACAUUUAUCAUAUAAAACACCCUUAUCAUCAAUUCAGUGCAGUUCUGAUAAAGGCAGGAAAAUUUUGAACAAAUUAA